UACUGUCGACGUAACCUUAUUUAUUUGUAUAAUGCCAUCUAGCAUCAGAACCCCAUCCACGACAGUAGGACUUUCUACACGGAUUUUGGAAAAAGGUCCUGGGUAUUUGAGAAAACAGCUGGAACUGGAAGGGGAUGUUAAAAAUCAACGAAGUGCAGUGGAAAUGUUAGCGGAGAGUAAAUCGAGAUACGUGAAAUGCCACCAGGUGAUCAAGAGCGAUCCAAUGGAUCACACCGACUCAUACACUGGGGGUACCGAUGGAAUAUCCAAUGGAAUUCAUAAACGCUGUUUUAAUAACUAUGCUGCACGCGUUAAUAUGGAAAAUCAUCACAUACAUGCGGAAAAUGAUGGCUCAUAUAGGAAAAAAGAAGGCAUAGUGCGUCGUAGUAGCUCCAAAAGACAACGACCGGACUCCCUGCUAAUUUACAGGCAAAAAAGUGAACUCGUGAAAGGCCCAGCGAAUGGAAACCCUACUGAGAGUUUGAUCAAGAGGCUGUUUCUUAGCUCUACCAAAGAUAAGAUGGGUGACCAACCUGAGACGCCAGUGAACUUACUCAAUGAAAAAAUACACACAAAAUGCACAGAAACUACAAUGCAUCACCAAAGGAUCCUGGAGCAUAAAUCACCAACCUUCAUAAGCGAGGUUCGUAAAGCAGAUGGAGACACUGACGUUCAUCGGAAAGGCGUUUUUCGCUCGUAUUCCGAUGUAAGUUCAAGAUACUCCAAACAUGUCGCCGACUUCGAGACCUUUUUCAGGUUUUGCGGACUCGGCGCUGAUGUAGUUGAAUCACUUGGGAUGGAGAACUUUUCUGCAAGAUCGGGUGAAAUUUCAGCGAGGAUCCGCAGCAUCAGCCAGUCAACUUUAAAUGACGAGUUUACUCGGGAGAACUGCAAAAGUAACGGACUUCUCCAGGAGGACCUCGAUAAAAGUGUCCCUCAAGGGCUGUCGGUGGUGGAGCGCAAUGCGAGAAUCAUAAAAUGGUUAUAUAGUUGCAGUAAUGCCAGGCAGUCGGGAAGGGUAUUGCGCGACCUUGACUGA